CUUUAACGGUAAGGGUUAAUUUAACGUGCAAACAUAAUCGCAUACCCCAAUUUUCUGAAACCCCUUUUCCGUGAAAAAACUAAAAUCCUCAAACCCUGGCUCACUGAAUGCUCUCCAUGGAAGUGCUUAUUGAUGUUACGCAUACAAGUAGAUUUAGCAAAUAGAAUUGCUGCAAAUCUCUUUCAGCUCGAAUUUCAUCAGAGAUCGUCUGUAACAGUAUACGGCGUUUCUAUCUGCUCCCUCGUCCCAACUGGCCGCCGCCGCCGUAAUGUUCCACUGUUCUAGAACGAUGGAGACCGAAGCUAACUCUUGCUAGAACGGAAAAGGGCCCACAAUCGCACCAAUCUUGUGCGGGAAACCCACUGGGCCACUGACCUUUACUCCACUGGCGCAGUAAAGGGAGGAUUUCUCCACCGAGGUCAUAGGGGCCCCCUUUCCGGUCAAGAAAUAAGCGGUGCACCGUGGAUGAUUUUCCCGCCGCUGCAAGCGCUGACGAUCGUACAUAUCAAGAGUAUAAGAGACCUAGGAGCUCGUUUAUUGGUGGGACUUGUCGCCCUGCCCCCAACAAUAUUAGUGGGCAUUAAGAUCGAUUAUUACAUAGACAGGCAAACAUUUGCCAGCUUCACUUCAACCGUGGAUGAUUUCCGAUAAAAAAUGAGAAAAACUGGCUUUUUGUUUAAAUCCCAUGCUGGAAAGUUCUCUUUUUCAUCUUGCUCGGCGUUUUGUUACUGUCCACAUCGCCUUCACCCCUCAGUACCAGCAGAACCAGGCUUCCAGAACCCAUGUAAUGUCCUUCAGAAAUUCAAAAAACCCGGUCAGGAUUUUGCUGCUUCUUUAGCUCUGAGGCACUUGAGCACAGCCCAUUCUGAAUAUAAAGGAGACCAAUCCAGCAGAGAAAACUGCCCUGUCAACUAUGAUACAAGUGAAGAGGCAGAACCAAUUGAUUAUUGGGAAGAAGAGGAAGAAGUUGAACCCGAGAUUGGUGAUGGAGGGGAUGGUGGAGGAGUUGUUUUCCAGAACUGCCAUUGGGGCGAGAAAGCAUUGUCCAUGGCCAAUCAGGUAGUCAAGGAACAUACUGUUGACAUGGAGCUCUAUGCUUUCAAAACUUCUCCUAGGGGAUACAUCUAUGUGAGACUCGACAAACUUACUAAUGAGUAUGGUUGCCCAACCAUGGAUGAGAUAGAAGAUUUCAGCCACCAAUAUAAGAAAAGGUUAGAUGAAGCAGGAACAGUGGAAGAUUUUCCAGAGGAUUUGGCUCUUGAGGUGUCAUCUCCAGGGGCAGAACGGCUACUGAAAGUGCCAGAUGACUUGAACCGGUUCAAACACAUGCCGAUGAGAGUGAGCUAUGUGGAAGACGGAUCUCGCGGUCUAGAAACUAAUAAGAUAUUUUUCUUGGACUGUAUCAACACCGACUUAGGAAAUUGUGUGUGGAAGCUGGUUGAUGUGAAAGAAAACCGGGACCCGUCUGCUAAAGGAAGACCACUAAACCGUAAACAGAAAGAUUGGAGACUCACACUGCCAUAUGCUACGAUGAAACGGGUAACAUUGUUCAUCUCCUCCUAAAUCAAGUGUAGUCUAUCCAACCUCAAGUGUUCAAAACAUAUAAUGGAAAACGGAAAGUUAUUUUACAAAUUGGAGUACAAAAACACUUUUUUGUUGCUUUUGGCCGGAAGAUGGACAGUUUUGGAUAGAGGUAAUUUUUGUGAGCUUGGAGUUUAACUUUGAGCAACUGGUACCCUUUCUUGUGCUGUAAGACUCUUCAACAUUGCUCUUAACGAGUAUUGAUGUUAUCUCUUUCCCUUUAACGAACUGCACUUGUUAUUCUGUUGUGAUAAUUGAUAUUAUAAUGUUUAUGGCUUGAAACACACAGAACUUUGAUCCGUGAACAAUAAUAAACUCUGCUCUGCA